AUGUUUCAACAACCGUUCAGUCCCUGUGAUCUGACUUCACAGCCGCAGUUUUUCAAAGUGAAAAAUGAACCCAUACUGGAAAUCAUGCCACAGUUUCAGUGCCAAAGUGAAGUCCGCUGUCAACCAGAUUCUAACCUACAUGGCCCAGAGAAAACCUCAAUGGUUCCCACUUGGCCACCACAGCAUGUUCCUGCUCAACUGCUGCACCCACACACGAUGCCUGCUCUACAGCUGCAGACUACACAACUCUUCAUGGACAUCUUACAACCGCUCAGGUAUGAUGCAGCCAUGCCUCCCGCACCGCACCCCAUCCCGGCUCCUGUUCACCUUCCGCAUGUUUUCCUGACGGUUUCAUCCAUUCCUGCCACGUCGGUUUCAACUGCACCCGAUGCACUCCUGCACCCAUUCUUACCAGCUAUCCUAUCCCUACCGCCCGCCCCCACAGUGGCACCGACCGCCCCACCCGCGCUGGUCCACAACGUUUCAUCGACUUCCGCGCCGGGCUCUUUCGAUUGGCAAACACCAGUCGCAUGCUCACCAGUCCGAACUGCACCUGUUUCCAUGGUACUGGAGAGUCUUCUGCACCCAACCGUGCCCCCACCAGCUGGGGCUCCAGCAACUGUACCUGCCUACACUAUGCAACUGAACUCACAUGUCAAGACUGAACUCUCUUCUUGCACUCCUGCUGCUUGUAAAUCAUGUAGUUUUGUCCCUAUUAACCAGAUUAGUACAGCUACUGUGUGCCAGUCUCGUGGUGCCUACAAUCCUGAUUUGGCACCACUCUACACUGCUACACCGCCUGCACCUCUGAUCCUGUCCCAAAGCCCUUCCACAUUGUCGAUUCUUAACAAUGGCAAACCAGUAACUGUUUCAAUCCACCGGGUGAAACCUGCAUGGACCUUGCAGGAGCACUCUGCAAGUGACCCCGAUGUACGCGACACCUGCCCUCCUUCCCAGGAAUCCUAUCAUGAUUUGGACGGGCCCACCACCCCACCCCUCUUGCUCCCCCCCUUGCAUCAUACAACAUGGGCUGGACGACCAGUGGUUCCACCCCGUUGGCACAGUGAUUAUGUCCUAGCUUCAGUCAAGCUUGCUACAGCUACUCCCAAGUGUUGUGUGUGUGAUUUCACCAUGGACAAGUGCUUUUGUGACCAUUAA